AUGUUACACAAAUACAAUAAUUAUACAAAUUUACAAUCAAAUAAUUAUAAAUUAUAUUCAAAUACCAAUUUUAUUGAUGAAUUUGAUCAAAAUUUAUUGUAUAAUUCAUUAUAUGAUCAAUCAAGAAGAUCUUCAAUUAGUUCAUUAAAUUCAUCAACUUCAUUAAAUUCAUUAAAUAACACUUGUGAAGUUUCAGAUCAAUUUAAAGAGAAAACUACCCCAAUUGAUAAUAAAUCAUUAGAUUAUAGAGUUAAAGAUCAAUCAAAUCAAAUUCAUCCAAAAAAGAAGGAUCAAUCUUGGUUAUUAUUGUUAAUUUUAGGUGCUUGA